ACGCCUCUCUCUCUCUCUCUCUCUCUAUAAAUCAUAAUAAAUAUCAAAUCCAAAGCCCCGAAUUUUUUUACUUCACAAAUAUUUUCUUCUUUAGCUUCAUACCCUAAUCCACUCAUUUCCACCCCUUCAGUUAUCAUCCAAUUGUUUGUUGAAGACUUUAGAGAGUUUUUGAAUGGCUUCAAAGCGGAUUAACAAGGAGUUGAAGGAUCUGCAGAAGGACCCUCCUGCUUCAUGCAGUGCCGGCCCCGUUGCUGAUGAUAUGUUCCACUGGCAAGCAACAAUCAUGGGCCCAUCAGACAGUCCUUUUGCUGGAGGAGUCUUCCUUGUGGCCAUUCACUUCCCCCCAGACUAUCCGUUCAAGCCACCUAAGGUUUCUUUCCGUACAAAGGUUUUCCAUCCUAACAUCAACAGCAAUGGAAGCAUCUGUCUUGACAUUCUCAAGGAGCAGUGGAGCCCUGCCCUUACCAUAUCCAAGGUUCUUCUGUCAAUAUGCUCACUUCUUACAGACCCAAAUCCCGAUGACCCUCUGGUGCCUGAGAUUGCUCACAUGUACAAGACUGAUAGAGCUAAAUAUGAGAGCACUGCCCGCUCGUGGACCCAGAAAUAUGCAAUGAAUUAAGGGUCUGCCACGAUGUCAUGUUUGAUCGCUAUAUUAGUAAAUAAUAGAAAUAACAUUGUCUGGAUAUUAGAGAAAACACCUUUGAGAAGUUUGUUGUUGUUUCUGUGGAUUUGAAAGGGUUAUUUAUAAACUGAAACAGGUCCUCUAAAAGCUGGUUAUAUAGAUGAAACAAUAUUUAUGCUAAAUUGACGUGUUUGCUAUUGCAAUUGAAUUUAUGGCCUAAACCUGAAGGGUUAGAUUUUUCGUGA